AUGGCGACCACUGCAGUCCAACUUAAUGAACGUCAACCAAUGUUAACUUCGACCGAAGAAGUUGUUACUUUAAAUCCGGUUGCCUCAUCAGCCGUACAGAUUGAAACUAGUACAACAGUCGUACGAAAGAAUGAUGCUGAUGUUGUACCGGAAGAUAAAAAUAAAUUUAUUCAAGUUAUUCGACCAUUAUUGGUUGAACUUAUUGGUACCGCAUUAUUUAUUCUUAUUGGUAUGUGGGGUGUAUGUUCAGGUGCUGGCGUUCUUACCGCUGCGUUAGCAUUUGGCCUUGCAUUAGGCGUUUUUGCUGCUAGUUUUGGACAUAUAUCUGGUGUUCAUUUUAAUCCAGCUGUUACAAUUGGUAUUUUAAUUGCUGGUGAAAUUCAAGCAUUAAUGGCUGUACUCUACAUUGUCAUGCAACUUUUAGGAGGCAUUGCUGCUGGCGGUAUUUUACGUUUAUUACUUACAACAAAUGUCUAUGGUCAAUGCAAAGGCGGAGCAACACUUUUAGCUAAAUAUGGCAAUGAAACAGUUGCUAAAGGUGCUGUUUCUUAUGGAGUUGAUUCAGUUCGAAUCUGGCAAGGUAUUUUAAUUGAAUUUAUUGCUACGUUUGUUCUUGUAACUGUCAUUCUCAUGGUUGUACUUGAUACAAAAUCAAAAACUGGUCUUGCACCAUUACUUGUUGGUUUAACAUUGGCUGUUAAUAUUCUUGCUAUUGGUGCAUAUACCGGUGGUUCACUCAAUCCAGCUCGUUCACUUGGCCCAGCUAUUUUUGCUCAUCAAUGGGACGAUCACUUUGUUUACUGGAUCGGCCCAAUUGUUGGCGCUAUUGUUGCUGGUUUUCUCUAUCGAACGGUUUGGGCUCAUCAUGAUCGUCGUAUGUUUGUUAAACGUACAUCAGCUGCAGCAGCUAGCAAAGCAUAA